AUGUCUAUGGCACAGACAACUGGAGGAAACACCACAACCUCAGUUCAGCCCGAACAAUCUGCAAAUGAACAACCAACACAAGCGGUAGCAGGCGAAGACUCUUUGGGUGGAGAAGGAUACACAAGGGGAGCCGAUUAUCCAAUGGACAUCACAAGCUAUUUAAUGGGAAUUCUCUUUUUAUCUACUGGGCUAAUUAGUUUAUUAGGAGGAUACAAAUACAAAUGGAUGACGCUAUUUUUAGCUGGCUUUUACACAGCAGGUCUGGUAUUAGUCCUCUUUAUAAUUAAAUUUCAAAAUGUCACCGAUCCAACGACUUCCGUUCGUCUUGUUUAUUUACUCGUAUGCGUGGUUAGUGGCCUGGUGACUGGCGGCUUCUUUGUGUGCAUGUUUCCAACUGGAAGACUUCUCGUCGGUUUUAUCGGCGGACUGUCCCUUUCCAUGAUUAUACUUGCGACUGACACUGAUCUUUUGAUUCACACCAAACUUUGGAGAUAUAUACUCAUUGGCAGUCUCGCUUCAUUAUUUGUCUUACCGUCCGCAUUUAAAAAAACAUACCCAUUUAUGUCCAUAAUUUCUACUAUAUGUUCGGGAUGUUACCUAAUUAUGCUUGGUGUUGAUAUAUUCGUACGGGGUGGGCUGUUGGCUGGUUUCAAGUAUGCUUGGGGAUUUACUGAGCCAGAUGACUAUAGAUAUGUCGUAGAGCGGAAUACAUUUUUAAUACUGAUUAUUGUUGGAGUCGCAGGCGGAGCAGUCGGGUUAGCUUUUCAAAUGGUUUGGUAUUGGAUCGCACAAAACGAUUGGAAGGGUAUUAACUUUAGCUUCAUCAAGAGAUAUGUAAAAUUAAGAGGAAAAGGAGCAGAGAAAAGCAGCGUACCAGAUCAGGUACCAAUGGUUAACUUUGGUUUGAAAUUAGAAGGGAGAGCGGCAAGCAGAUGGGGUGAAGGAACUAGAUGGGACAGUGUAUAA